GCGGUUCCGGGUCGUGUCGCGGCUCGGGGUAACAGGGCUGCUGUUGCCGGCCGGCGGCGGCGGGGCGCGGCGGGGUCAUGAGGGCGAGUCUGGGGCGAGACAGCAGAGCCGGCCGGUAGAAGCGCCGGUCCUUGAAGUGCAGGGUCCGAGAGGCGUGGGGAAGCCGGGGCCUCCCUCAGGGACGUGUCCUGGGCGAGGCGGCCCGUAGUGUGGAAGCAGCUUCAGGUAAAGGUUGCCCCAGCCGCCGCCCCCUGGCCCGCGGCACCCUGUUGCCCUCAGCACCCUGCUGCCUGCGCUGCCCAGCAGCCGCCCGUCGGGGCCGUGCUCGGUGGCCUGGGAGCAUCCGUUUCCUGGCCCUUCCCGAGCCUGACAGCUGGGUGUGUGACUUAGCCAUGAGACUGUGAACUGCUAAGUACAGGUAGGUGAGUCCGUGAAACAGUAUGAAGAGGAGAAAAUAGCCUUUUAAAGAAACUGGCCCACAGAAAGGAUGGCCUUCUUGGACAAUCCAACUAUCAUUUUAGCUCAUAUUCGACAGUCACAUGUGACCAGUGAUGACACGGGAAUGUGUGAGAUGGUUCUCAUUGAUCAUGAUGUUGACCUAGAGAAGACUCAUCCUCCUUCAGUGCCUGGAGACAGUGGGUCAGAAGUUCAGGGAAGCAGUGGUGAAACUCAGGGCUACGUGUACGCCCAGUCUGUCGAUAUUACCUCAAGCUGGGACUUUGGUAUUAGAAGACGCUCAAACACAGCUCAAAGAUUAGAACGACUCCGCAAAGAGAGACAAAACCAGAUCAAAUGCAAAAAUAUUCAGUGGAAAGAAAGAAAUUCUAAGCAAUCAGCCCAGGAGUUAAAGUCACUGUUUGAAAAAAAAUCCCUCAAAGAGAAGCCUUCAAGUUCGGGCAAGCAGUCCAUAUUGUCUGUACGCCUGGAGCAGUGUCCUCUGCAGCUGAAUAACCCCUUUAAUGAGUAUUCCAAGUUUGAUGGCAAGGGUCAUGUGGGUACAACUGCAACUAAGAAGAUCGACGUCUACCUCCCCCUGCACUCAAGCCAGGACAGACUGCUGCCAAUGACCGUGGUGACAAUGGCCAGCGCUAGGGUGCAAGACCUCAUCGGGCUCAUCUGUUGGCAGUAUACGAGCGAAGGACGGGAGCCAAAGCUCAAUGACAAUGUCAGUGCCUACUGCCUGCAUAUUGCUGAGGAUGAUGGGGAGGUAGACACAGAUUUCCCACCGUUGGAUUCCAAUGAGCCCAUUCAUAAGUUUGGCUUCAGUACUUUGGCUCUGGUUGAAAAGUAUUCAUCUCCUGGUCUGACAUCCAAAGAAUCACUCUUUGUUCGAAUAAAUGCUGCUCAUGGCUUCUCCCUGAUCCAGGUGGACAACACAAAGGUCACCAUGAAGGAGAUCCUUCUAAAGGCAGUGAAACGACGAAAAGGAUCCCAGAGAAUUUCAGGCCCUCAGUACCGCCUGGAGAAGCAGAGUGAGCCUAACGUCGCAGUGGACCUGGAGAGCACGCUGGAGAGCCAGAACGCCUGGGAGUUCUGCCUGGUCCGCGAGAACAGUUCAAGGGCAGACGGAGUUUUUGAGGAGGAUUCACAAAUUGACAUCGCUACAGUACAGGAUAUGCUUAGCAGUCACCAUUACAAGUCAUUCAAAGUCAGCAUGAUUCACAGACUGCGGUUCACAACUGACGUGCAGUUAGGUAUCUCUGGAGACAAAGUAGAGAUAGACCCUGUUACGAAUCAGAAAGCCAGCACUAAGUUUUGGAUUAAACAGAAGCCCAUCUCAAUCGAUUCUGACCUGCUCUGUGCCUGUGACCUUGCCGAGGAAAAGAGCCCCAGUCACGCAGUAUUUAAACUCACGUAUCUAAGCAGUCAUGACUAUAAGCACCUCUACUUCGAGUCCGAUGCAGCCACAGUCAGUGAAAUCGUGCUCAAGGUCAACUACAUCCUGGAGUCACGAGCAAGCACUGCCCGGGCUGACUAUUUUGCUCAGAAACAAAGAAAACUGAACAGACGUACAAGCUUCAGCUUCCAGAAGGAGAAGAAAUCAGGGCAACAGUAACGCUGGCCUCCAACCUGUUGCCUCAGCCCAGGUUGCCUGUAGGGCCAAGUGACCCCGGAAUCCACCUUCAUCCUGCAGUGCCUGGUCUCACAGGCAUAGGGCUGCUGGGCUCUAGGGAGAGGUUUAGAAGUAGGGGUGCCCUACUCUGGAGUCCAGGGACAUUGCCAUUGGACUGAAACCUGGCAAUGGCUUUAAGUAGCAAUGCCCAGGAACCAGACACCUCCUGGAAAAGCCACGUGCUGCCCAGCCAUGUUCACUGCCUGGCAGUCCCACCAAGGAUGUAUAUAGCCAUGCCAGACAGCUCCUUGCAACUUGAUCAAAUUUCUUAAAGCAAAGAAAGAACAAAAAUGUACAUUUCUUUUUUUCCUUUUAAUAAACAGGUUACUCUUUA